GUGAUGUCACCAGUAGCAGAACUGUUGUAAUUGACUUGGAGGGGGUGAUGGCGUCAUUUCAUGCCCCGGUGUAGCCUCCCGUGCUCGGAAAGAGAGGGGAGUAGGAUAUUAGGCCGACGUGAUCGUGGCUCCCUUGGCCGGGAUCAAGCACCGCCAAGCCGGACAACUCACCCGGGAAAUAUGGAGGCUGCGGCCGAGGAGCUGCGGGCCGGCUCUCGGCUACCUGUCAUUAUCGAUCAUGUUAUUAACGAUACACUGGUCGUGACGUUAACCUUUCGAGAAAGAAGCUACACAGGGAUAUUACUCGACUCCAACAAAAAGACCGGGCUGUUUUGUCUACCGGACGUCACCGGACGUCUAGCGGAUCUCGCAACCAAACCAGACAUAUUCAAGUUGGGUUGUGAAAUCCCUCAAGUUCUGAGCGAGGACCCCGUUUUGAUCGAUCCGAUUGAGGCGUUACUCAUGCCAAAGGACGAAAACACACUUCCUGAGGACGAUGCAGCCAGCAUACCAGCCCCGUGCCCUGUGCCCACGCCGGUACUGGCUGGAAAGACUCCUUACCCUCCUUAUUUUGAAGGAGCCCCUUUCCCGCAGCCCCUGUGGGUGCGCCACAGCUACAGCCAAUGGGUGCCCCAGCCUCCCCCGAGAUCGAUCAAGAGGAAGAAGAGGCGGACCCGAGAGCCCGGCCGCAUGACCAUGAGCACGAUACGUCUACGGCCGCGUCAGGUGCUGUGCGAGAAGUGUAAAAACACGCUGAACAGUGACGAGGACAGCAAGGACGGCACCGGCAGCAGUACCAAGGGCUCCAGGAAGGAAAACACUCUGCAGAGCGACGACGACGGCAGGGAGCCCCCCACCAAGAUGGUGAGGAAAGAGGACACCGGCAAGGACGCAAAGAGACGAGAGAACGGGCCCGGCAUCGACAACAGGCGCCUCAGGAGGGACAAGAGGGUGGAGGUAGACGUGGAGAAGGUUCCCGGUGUGGUCAUCCCGCACAGCCCCGUCAUCAAGAUCUCGUACAGCACUCCACAGGGCAAGGGGGAGGUCAUGAAGAUCCCCUCGCGGGUCCAUGGCUCGGUCAAGCCGUUCUGCCCGAAGCAGUUGGUGCACAACGGCCUCGGGGAGGACGUCAAGCCAGCCUCCGAUCCCACCAGGGAUCAGCGCCACAUCCUGAACGCCACCAGGUCGGGCCUCACCGUGUCCAUUCCCAAACUCAAACUCACCAGGCCCUACACCACCGUGGGCCCAGAGCACCUGCCCUCUCCAAAGAUCCUCCUGAGGCACCCACCGAGGGAAGAGGACGAGAGCACAGUGGAGUACGAGGCGGAGCUCGUCGGGGGAAACCGGAUGCACAGCCCGCGGGCGCCUGCCCCCUGCCUCCCCGACUCUGAAGACUCCCGGGAGGACAAGAACUCUCUGGCGAUGUGGUCGGGGAGUUCCGGAGAGGAGGCCGGACGGGGUCACGGCGACCUCACCCUCCUCAUUAACUUCCGCAAGCGCAAGGCGGACUCGUCCAGCCUGUCCGUGUGCAGCAGUGACAGCCUGGACGAGUCCAAGUCCUUCAGCUCCGAGGGCACCUCGCCGGAGCUCUGCGACCUGGCGCCGGGCGAGGACCUGUCGGUGACCUCGUCCUCCGUGCCGUCGCUGGACGGCUGCAAGACGGUGCCGCCCAUCACGGUGCGGCUGCACACCCGCAGCAUGACCAAGUGCAUCACGGAGGAGGGCCACGCCGUGGCGGUGGGGGACAUUGUGUGGGGGAAGAUCCACGGGUUCCCCUGGUGGCCGGCCCGGGUGCUCAACAUCAGCGGCAGCCACAAGGCGGAGACGGCCAGCUGCGAGGCCAGGUGGCCCGAGGCCAAGGUGGCGUGGUUCGGCUCGCCCACCACCUCGCAGCUGUCCGUCGCCAAGCUUUCGCCGUUCAGGGAGCUCUUCCGGUCCCGGUUCAACCGCAAGAAGAAGGGCAUGUACCGGAGAGCCAUCCUGGAGGCGGCCAAGGCUGUGGGCCACGUGGACCAAGAGAUCACAUCACUGCUCUCCCACUGUGAAACGUAGGGGCUAGGAGCAGAGGAUCUGUCACUUGAGGUUUUCCUGAACUCUGUCAUCAAAACCCAGGAGGGUAGUACGUGCCGUUGCCACGGCUACUAUUUAUAGGCCUUCCCUUUUUUUUCUCUUUUUUUCUCUUUUCCUUUUUUUUCUCCCACCAAGCUGGAAGAAAAUGGCCACCAAGGUGGAGCGUUGUUGAGACUGAAUACGGGAGCAAAGAGAACCGGUCGGAGGUCCGCUGCUCUUCUCUGAACUAUUCCACUUUUUUUUCCUAUGUUCUAGAGUUAAGAGGAAUAGCGACACUACAAGAACAUGAAUGUAUUUAUUACUUGUUUAUUAUCAUUGUUGUUAUUGUUAUUAUUAAUAUUAUUAUUAUUAUUACUACUACUACCAUCCAUUAGGUCCACCAUUCUUCCAUGGUCAUAAACAGAACCUAUGAGUUGCUGCUGCUGCUGUCCCAAACCAUCCUGAACAAUCGCCGUGUCCGACUCAAGUCCAAAGUCCGAAAGAAAGACGCAAACACAGUCCGAUGUGCUACGCUAAUGUUGCCUGAAAUUGCAGUUCUCUGGACCAUAGACACCCUAUCCCUCCCCCCUAUCCCCUCACCCAAGGACUGUUGAGGUAGGCUACAAUAUAUUAACAAAGGAAAGGUCUUGGUGAGAUCCAGUUUGCAAACGGCCAACGUUUCCACCCCAGCCUCCUCCUGUCCUCUGGGUGUGUCUCUCAGACGGUAUUAGUGGUAUCAUGUUUGUGAUGUGUUUUAAACGGGCGAUACCAGUGCCCAAGGUCAACAGAAGGUUCCUCUGUGCCCUCCUCCACUCCUUCCCAUCCAUCCCCCCCCUUCACACCUUUUUUGUUUUAUAUAAAGUUUAUUUUCUGCACCACUUAAAUUAUUGAAUGCAUCAUGUCGAGAACAAAGCACUUUAUCUGUACCAUGGUGGCCUGCUGUGAGCUCUGUGUCACUGACACUAGCGUAAUAUACAGCCCUGGUAGACAUGUGGGGUGGGGUGGGUUAGGGUGGGGGGUCGGCUAACUAUGUAUGGCCUUGAAGAUAAUCCGUUUUUUGUUUUUUAAGGCAUUGUUUUGAAUAAUGGGAUAGUAGAUCGUAGACCAGACAACUGUUGGCGGUUGGUUGUGUACACUGUAUUCUAGACUUGGGUGGCAUGUCUCUCCUUCUUGUGUCUCCUGUCUGUCUGACACACACACACACACACACACACACGUACACACGUACACACGUACACACACGUAAACCCACACUACAAAAUCCUCCAAGUAAAUUUUCUCAGUGCUGUUGGGAGAUUGAAACUCGGGACAGGCAAUGUGUCACAGCCCCCUAUGCAUCCCCCGUUAAAAGUUUUAGAUGAAUGCCUAUAGGACAACAUGUUGUUGUGGAAUACUGUGAAUUCAACUGCCUAGCGUGCAGAGCGAGGGCGAGAGAGAGAGAUGUAUUGGUCAGGGGGGAUGUGCUCGAUACUGGCUUAUUUCCGCCUGUACUUAUUGAGCCCCUGCAAGGGAUAAGACUGCAAAGGCUGUCCUUUGGUGACCUUUGGCUUAAAAGCAACAGUCAUGGAACUGAUGAGUGGCGGGGGAGGGGUGGUGAGUGGAUGACUGGUUGAGGCAGAGAGCAGGGCCGGUCCUAGCACAGCCCUCACAAUGCAGUCUGACUUUCAGAAGUACAAGGAAAAACUGAAUAUUGCACACAAUCAGCCAGCCUUCCUACUUUAUUUCUGUUGGCCCUUUACGCCCCGCCUCCCGAGAUAAUUCUAUUUUGGAUUUUUUUAUUUUUUUUUAAGCAAGUGGAGAUGGGGACGAGAUGUGUGAACGCUAGCUGACUGACCGUCCCGUGGUGCUGUUCCAGUGGCUUGGCUAGCUAGUUUUUUUUUUCCCAGGGCUGCCCAUUGCCUCAGGGGGCUUGGGUAUCGGCCCUCGCCCCCCAUCCCUCUCCUCCUUGCACCCUUAACCCGUUAUCCCUCUUACGGUAUGAUUGAGAGGCAAAACGGUCAUCAGGAUAUUCAUGUGUGUGAGCUACAUGGCCGUUUAACAUUGCCGCCGUUGGGUCAAUGUUAUUGGCCAUUCUGAGUUGUUUCGUUGUCGUUUUUUUUUUUACAUGUACUGUACAUAGAAAAUAAAAUAUACAAGCAAUA